CGUCAACAAUAGCAUAUAGGCCUAGGCCUACAUAGGCUAUUACAUUUACAAACAAUUGCUUACUGAUAUCAUAGGAGCCCAAGCUGUCCAUAAAGUUACGCAAUCUUUGACCAAUAGAAAUCCAGGAGGGUGUUUCUCGUGCUCCGUGUGUAGAACUUCAUCGGAUCCGAGUGCAAACUGCGACUUCUAUCCCUGAACUCAAUGAACUAGGACAACAACGUCUGAGUGGCAUUGACUAAUGCGUGUGUUUAUUUAACUUUUAAUAUUGGCGAAUUUCGUGUAAUUUAGAAGAAAAAUAGGUUGAAGAACUGCUGCGUCGUUUGAAUGGCAUGAUUGUCAGUCUCGCGAGUUGCCAAUAGCGACCGGAUAGUUUACUUCUUACCACAUCGUCUCCAAAGCUUAAAGCGAAAAUCUAUCCUUACCACCAAUAACAACUUGCCAGGGUAAAUUAGCUCGUUUUGAGGUUAAGUUUAGUUGCUGUCACUGGCCUAUUUUCUGGUUUGAAAUGGCAUGGGAACCUAAACGCCGGCGGCUACUGUGCAUGCUGUCGCUAACUUUUGGGUUUUUUAUUGUCGAAGUUGUGGUCAGUCGAAUGACAGCAUCUCUUGCCAUGCUUUCGGACUCGUUUCACAUGCUUUCGGAUGUGAUAGCUUUAGCUGUGGCCCUGAUAUCGGUGCGCUUUGCAGAAAUGACACAGUCCACUGCUACGAAUACUUACGGCUGGAUCAGGGCUGAAGUGAUGGGAGCUUUGGUUAAUGCGGUGUUCCUGACAGCUUUGUGUUUUACUAUCCUGUUGGAGGCUGUGGAGCGCUACACAGUCCCUCAUGAAAUCGAAAAUCCUCGGGCUGUCAUCUGGGUCGGUGCCGCUGGUCUUCUUGUCAACCUGUUGGGUCUUUUUCUGUUUCACGAACACGCUGGACAUGGGCACUCUCACUCUCAUUCCCAUUCUCACCGGACCAAGACGAACAAAGUAUCAGAAAAAUCCAGUAACACAAAAUCCAGGCUGGAUGGGUCAUCAGAAGACCUGUCCUGUAAUCUAGUGGUGAACCCCGGCAGCGAGAAGAAAAGUGCUGACAUGCUCUGCAAUGAGGAAGUAGAGGUGCGUCUUAAUGGUGGGGUGCAUCUGGAGGACCUUGAGGCCACUCAGGACUCUGCCUCUCAGCUCAAUAUGCGUGGUGUCUUCCUUCACGUGCUCGGUGAUGCUCUGGGCUCUGUCAUUGUGGUGGUAAAUGCCCUUAUCUUCACCUAUGUGUGGCAGUCAUGUCCUUCGAAAGGCCCUUGCAAUAACCCCUGCUUCAGCCAACACUGCCCGCAUCUGAUGCCCCUUAACGGGACCUCUGACUCAGAGGUGCCCUCUGCUGGACCCUGCUGGGUGCUGUACCUUGACCCCACCCUGUGCGUGCUGAUGGUGUUUAUCCUGUUGUACACCACCUUUCCGCUGCUCCGGGAGUCGGCACUCAUUCUGCUGCAGACGGUGCCCAAGGAGGUGGACGUGCGGCGUCUGCGCCAGCGUCUGCGCAGCCUGGAGGGCGUGCUGGCCGUGCACGAGCUGCACGUCUGGCAGCUGGCCGGCAGCCGCAUCAUCGCCACGGCUCACAUCAAGUGCCAUGAUCCCGAUGCGUACAUGGACAUCGCCAAGCGCAUCAAGGGCAUGUUCCAUGACGAGGGAAUCCACGCCACCACCAUCCAGCCUGAAUUUGGGGGUGCCGCCACGGCAGAAUCCGGUGAUGCUUUGUGUGAGCUCCCAUGCCGCAUCCAGUGCGCCCCAAAGCAGUGCUGUGGGACUGGAACCAUCAUCGCGUCUGCAGGGUCCCCCACUUCCCGACGAACCUCAGACUCACAAGUCCAGUACCAAUCCCACACUGGGACAGCAGUGACUUACACAGAGGGGCAGGGGGCUGAGGUCAAGUUGCAGAGAGACGUAGAGUCUGCUGUGUGAGACCACUGAGAUGGACCUUCAUAUUGAUUUUUAGACUCAUACAUGCUAAGUACAGAUAUGCUUCUUUUCUUUCUUAUUUUGGUCUGUCAUCCUCUCCCUGAGUAUCAGAUGCCUAUCAGCUGGGAUUUUCCUCUCCGAGCCUUCAGACUUAUGACUCAGACAGGCUAGAACUCAUGACUGGAACAACAGGUGACGUGAAUGUGCCUUCCGGGCAUCAUGUGAGAUGACAACAAGACAAGCCAUGAACUGGGCUAGAUAGAAGAAAGAAAACUUUUAAAGAUGAAUACUCUUUCAGAUUAUCUAGCUACAAGCUACCUCUUUGGAGUUCAUAAAGCUACUGUGCACUGAUGUUUCAUUAACAGCAAUACUGUAUCUGAAAUCUAGCCUUAACUGUGUGAUUGCAAUCUGAGAAACUUAGUGUUUAAUUCAUAUACAGCUGGAAAUGCUCUUGUUCGCUCAGAUAUCUUCUUCUGUUAUCCUUAACAUUUUUAUGCAAGAUACUAUCUAACAAUAAUAAGGAUUAUAUAUUUUCUGUCAGUAAUAUUUUCAUUUUAAUUUAGUUUAAAGCAAAGUGUAAAAAAAGCAAGUGCCCAUGAAAAAUCAGAAUGUCAUCUAACUCUAUAGACCUGAAGGAAGUAUACAACCUAAUAUUCAGAAUUUUACCUGAUUCAAGAUCUAAAGAAUAUAAUUUAAUUUCUUGGAAAUAAUUUAUUAUACAACACUGUGGGACAGUGUUUGUAAAGUUACAUUAUUUAAAGGAAAACUAUGCCACCAUUUUGAGAUUUAUUUUUAUGAGCAACUACUUUUGGUAUUACCUUCAAAUGAAUCUUAAUGAUGGUCAUUAUUCAUAGGCUAUGCACUGUGUAGUUUCAUUGUGUAGGUUGUUCUGGUAAGAACAUGCACUAAAAUGUAAGACAAGCCUUCACAGCCAAUGCCAAUGACCAGAAGGCACCAGCUCACCAGAAGGCACAAGUUAGCAUGUUAGUGAGCUUUUAUCAGUGCCAACUGGGCAGUCUGAGAUGUUUGCAAAGUUUUUGCCUGCUUUUUAGAUUAGUGGCUUGUCAGUUUUAGACCAAAAUUCCAUAAUGAUGCUUUAAGUCAGUUACCCACACCAAGAGUUUUCUCUUGGCAAUUAUGUGUAAUCAUUAAAAAAAAAAUCACCAUUGAUUUAUUUUUAUAGUUUGAGUUGUUUAUAAGUUCCUUUUAAAUGUGAAUGACUUUACAAGGACUAGUUUGCUAAUUAAGAAUGUUUUAAUGAGUUAAGAAGUGAAAUCUACGUCCGAAAACAGUUUGUUAGAACAGUUGCAAUCUCUCUAGCCUUUUUACUUUAUAUUUGCUUUUGCUGAACAAUAAAGAGAUUUUAUUUCA